AUGCAUAUUGCCAAUUGCUUUCUACAGAAUCUGUACACUGAUGCUGCCUAUCAGAAGUACAUCAUAGUCAACAACUACUGUUUCCAUGACCAAUUCAAGUGA